AUGCCUAGAAUCACCGCUUCCGUUUCCAAGGUCACUCGCACUCUUGCCGAGUCGCAUCGCCAUGCCGGUGUCGCUCUCAUGCCCAAAUAUGCCGAGCUCCUUGGAUCUUCGUCUGAGCAGUCCCAGCACUCUGAGGCUCGUGGUCUCAAGACUACCCACCGUCCCACUCCUCAGCCAUCCAUCGCUGGUCGCACACGGCCUCUGAUGCAGUCCUUCAGCUCUUCUGCAUCUUCUCGUGCGCCUGUCAACCACGUUGACACCAUGGUGUUGCCCAAGAUUUACAGCACUCCCAGCUUCAACGAGCCUCUUCCUCGUAUGCCACUUCUUCCCGAUAACUACGGCUCUUACCACAACUCUAUGUCUGAUGCCACCGACUUGACAAGUAACCGACCUGUCAUCUUCGCUAUCAACCCUGACAUUGUCGUUCCCGGUGCUCCCAUGGCCAACAUGGAUGCUACCAACAUGGACAGCAUCGACGUCAAAUUCGUCCACGACCAGCCCCAGAUCUCCACUGCUGCCGCCGCCGAGGAGUACAACCCUGAGCAAAGCACAUUUAUGCGCGACAUGUAUCGCAGUAUGAAGGAUGACCUUCUUAGCGUUGCUCCUCAGCUCAGGAAAAACUAA